UUGUCUUAUUUCUUCUCAGAUUUAGGAAUAAGAAAAAAUUUCUAUCUGAAUACAAAAUUAGGUAGAAUUUCAGUACAUUUCGUUAGAUCGGUAGAAAUGCGUUGAAAUCGUUAGAUCUACCUAAUUUUCGGUAGGUUUGGGAACACUGCCUUACAAAGGCCAUCCGACAAAGCCACAUAUUAUCUGCGUGGGUAAAGGAAAAAAAACGAAUUAAAAAUAAGUUGCAGUCUUAAACUCCCAGUGCCUACCAGAUGGGGAUCAUUAGUUCUUUGUCUGCAAUCAUUGCUUGCUAACAAACAAAUAAUAAAAAGGAUGGCUAUCAAUGAAGAAGUUGAAAAGACAGUAAGCAAACACCCAUCUUUAAAAAAAAAUGCUCUAAGCGAUAUAUUUUGGGACCGGGUACAAGGAUACAUUAUGCUUCUGGAACCAAUUGCUAACACAAUUACCUCUGUAGAAGGUGACACACCAACGAUUUCAAAAUGUCUGCAUUUAUUUAAAAAAAUGGUUAACACCUCAUUAGAAAAUGUCACUAAAAGUCCAUUGUUAUCCAAAGAGGAAGCAGAUACAAGGGCAAUUUUUGAAAAUCGGAAGAAGUUUGCUAUUUAUAGUGUUCAUUUUGUAGCUAACCUUUUGGAUCCAAAAUAUCGUGGCUGCGAACUUAGCUCAGAUGAGAUGACUGAUGCGACAGAAGUCAUAUACAAGGUAGCACAGAAGAUGCCAGACGUCGAUGAAGCAGCCGUCUUAGCUGACGUUGUCAAUUUUAUUGCAAAAGAAGGACUAUUCAAAAAGGCUUUUCUAUGGAAUGAGGACACAAUUGCAGCUAUCCUAGCUUCACAGUCAAUCCUGCAUUAGAAUCUGAACCGGAACCAAUGAUAAUAUCCAAUUCAGAUCAGUCGGAGUCUGUCUUUGAAAGUGAUGAAGAGGAAGCUUCAGAGUCUGAAGAAAAUGCAGAUAGCGACGGGACGGAUCAGUGUUAAUUUAAGGGAUUCGGUUAAUUAAUUGAACCUUUUCAAUCAUUAAGACGUUGUUUUUUUUAUUUGAUAAAUUUUUAUUACUUAUUUUUGCUUUGAUUUUGCAAGUUAACGAAUAAACUCUUCUUAUUUUGUUUAUA